AUGGUCAUUGACCAGGUCAUGGCACAGCCGGAUGGCCAUCUCCCCAGUUUCGACUCUGCGGAGGUAGUGCGCGGUUACAGGGUGGUUAAAUGUGAGGACCAACUCUCAAAGGUUUUCCUGGAGAAGAGAUUGGCGAGCAUCAGUGAUGCUUGGGAAGGUUUGAGGCUCAAGCUCAUCCCUGCCGGUGACAUCCCCAGGAGGCCGAGAGCUCGCAUUUGGCUCCCACGUGUAGAGAUGGAUAGCGCGGCGCUGCUAAAAUAUCUGCGUACACACAACCGUGAAAUCCCGAUGGACGACUGGGUGAUCCUCAAGGCUGAGGAGUCACAAACAACCAGCAUGUCCUUCUUACUCCUCAUUGGUGAGGAAAGUAUCGAGCCUUUGGAAAAGGCCGACUGUCUCCUUCGCUUUGGUAUCCGGCGAGCCAAAGUAAAAAUUUUCCGGGCGAACGAUGCUGAAGAAGAAGAGCCGGACGUGGUCGACGACGCAAAUAAGCUGCUGGAAGGCAUGCUGCUCGCUGACCCAACUGCUGACCCAAAUUGA